AUGGCCACCCGCGAGCAUCGUCGCAAUGGCAUCUGGGACGGGCCUCGCGACCAGGAGAACCACUACUACAACAACUACUCCUACUACGAUCCCUAUAGAUACAGCCAGACAAGCUACUACAGCACCCCGCGCACAUAUAGCAGCAACAGUAACAGAAGCAGCAGAAGCAACAGCAACACCAUCAGCCCAGAAGAAGCCCGUCGGCGCGCGCGGCACCUCGCCUCCCCUUCAGCGGACGACGGCGAACUACCAGACAUCAUCAUCUUCAAGUACCGGAACGAGGCAUGGAGCUUCGAGUAUCCUGCCUUCUCCAUCGACGACGGCAGGCUUCAUAUCAGCGACCUCAGACGGCUGGCGUGCGAGACGCUGCAUAUCGGCGACACAAGCAGGAUAAAGCUGAUGUACAAAGGCCGACUGCUCAACGACGACAACGCCAGUGCAAAGUCGCAGGGCCUGAAGCAGUUUUCUGAAGUCGUUGCCAUCGUGAUGCCAGGCUAUACGGAGGGCGUGUACCGUGGAGGGAGUUAUUAUGCCAGCAGCAACAUGGUCGAUGGAUGGAGGGAGGCAGAAUUGAUUCCAGUGUCCGACAGCGAGGAAGACGAAGGAGAAGCAGCAGGAGGAGGAGAGGAGGAAGAGGAGGAAGAUGACGAAGAAGAAGAAGAAGAAGAGGACGAGAGGUAUUACUUUAAGUCGUCUGCUCGACGAGGUCGCUCUCCUCCACCCAUGCCUGCCCGCCAGGAAAGAAGACCGUCAGUCCGUCGCGAACGGAAACCAAGGGAUCCUUCGCCAGUCUCGCCUGAUAGAGGGCCUCGUCUUCGGACGACGAGACAGACUGCGCCGCCUGUCAGAGAGCCAGCAAGGGAGACAGCACCUCCGAAACAGAGGCCAAGUCCGAAGCAGACCGCACCAAAGCAGAAGACAUCCAAAUACCAAUACCCAACGCCUCCCCUCCCGUCAUCGUCUCCGGUCUCUUUCGACCCUUUGCCAAACAUCUGCCGAGAGCCACGGCCAUACGCAACAUACUAUCCCUCGCCGUCGGCCAGCAGCACCGCCAGCACGCCCACAUAUCCCUCUGACUCUACCUCUGCCUCUGCUUUUACAGCCGCAUCUGCUCCUCCCACGCCACUCCCUACUUCCAAACCAGAACCAAGCGGGCCAUACUCUGUGCCUAACCGCCCUCCUACUCCCUGCCCGGACUUCAAGGCGUCCCAGACAUCCGAUGAGAAGCUCUCCAUCUUCGAGACACAUGUAAAAGAAAAGCUGUUGCCGUUGUGUUACCAGUUCAUGCUCCAUCCACCAGCAGAUGCCCGGUUACGGCUCAAGGAACAGAAAAGGCUGAACGAGGCGAUAGAGAGGGUCCUCGCGAGAGCAGACGAGAUCACCGUCGGUGACUCCAGGCCGUUGAGAGACCGGAGGAAGUCGAUCGUGCAGCUGAUUCAGCGGUCUCAGGGAAGGAUGGAUGACAUGGUAGAUGGACGAUAA